AGUCUCGCGUUAUUUAAGUAGCUCGCAGCUAGCUGCCGUUUUCGGCUGCUCAACACUGUCAAACAAGUUUCUCCCCGACAACGAAACAUUGUUGCGUUGUUUCUAUUUUUGGUUAGAUAAACUUUUUGCUUUGAGUGCCGACUUCGGCAAAUCUCCAGCUGAGUUCGUAUCUGUUCCUGUACACUGGCGGCGGACGGCUGCGGCACGUCGAUGAAGAUGUCCCUGGUGCAGCGAGUGUUCCUGUCGUGGAUUUUUAGUCUCAUCUUCCUCAUCAUGCUGGUCCUCAAGCUGGACGCUAAGUUGCACUGGAACUGGUUCCUCAUUUUCCUCCCCGUGUGGACACUGGACACCAUACUCGUCCUCUUAUUGAUGGUCAAUCUGGUCGGUCGGUGCAAGGCCAAUGCGGAGCAGCGCGAAGGCGACCCUGGUGCGGCCCGCCGGCUGUGGUACCUGGCGGCCAUGGGGCUCAAGGUGGCCUUCUGCCUGAGCUUGUGCACCCGCCUGGAGAGGCUGACUGACGUGUGGCUCAGUGUGGUAUGUGUGCCCCUCUGGGUCCUCCUGGGGGGCGCCCUGGUGGAGCUGGGACGCAGUGUCUUCCGUCCACGCAGGAACUGAACUCAAGCAUUCUCCUUGCAUGCAUUUUUCAUUUCUUUUCUUACCAUUGAUGACUCCAACAGACUGAUUUUUUUUUUUUUUAUACUAAGCUUCAAUUUUCUUAUUUAAAUGCUUAUACUCUAUGGUCACAAUGGUUAGAAAUAUUUUGAAUAAAGACCCGUGUGUGGUGAUUUGUUGGAAGAACACUGAGCACUUUGCAGAGCACGACUAGGACUGUAUUGCAGCUGUUUCUUUUUAUGCAUGUCAUUAGCAAAGUCUACACUAAUGAGAUUUCCAUAUAAAGGAGGAAAAGCAGUUUGAAUAU